AUGGCGAGGCUACGGGGAGAAAUAUUUGUAAUGCGGAGCUUAGACCGCACCAGCUUGGUAGCACGGGUAUUGCGGGAGUACUCCCAGAUCGUGGGCCACGGCGCACAGGUACUCGCAAACGACAACUUCUCCUCGUUCUUCUUCGGCAAGCCAAGACGGACUGGAAUCCAGCGUUGCCGGCAGGCCAAUGAGCGGCGUGUGGCGCCUCGGAGGCGUCACAAUGCUGAUGUGAGAAUCGUUCUUGGUUGGCCCACCGAGGAAUUAAGCGCCCACGACCCUGGUCUCGCGUGCGGUGCCUGCGGAGACGCUCCCGGCCAAUCGCAUCUGGAUGGAGCUCUUCCAGAGUCGCAAGAUGCAGAGCUGUAG